AUGUAUAUCAAAAAUUGCAUUAUUGAAGCAGUUAAUUGUUUGUGCCCACUAAAUUCUUCCUUAUUUGAUGGAAUAAGUUUGUCGGCGAGUUCUGUAUCACGGAGAACUGAAGAGCUUGGAAAAAAUAUAUAUUUACAAAUUUGUGAAAAGACAAGUAAUAUGUUGUGGUAUUCUCUUGCAUUGGAUGAGUCAGUUGACAUUUCGGGAACAUCGCAACUUCUUAUUUUUAUUCGUGGAGUUGAUGAGAAUAUUUCCAUAACUGAAGAACUGGCAUCUGUUUGUUCUAUUCAUGGAACAACCACUGGAAAAGAUAUUUUUGAUGAAUUGGAACAAACUAUAAGUGACUAUAACCUUGAAUGGGAGAAACUGAGUUGUGUUACGAUUGACGGGGCAAAGAAUAUGGCUGGUUCUAAAAAGGGUCUAGUUGGGCAAAUAACUAAUAAAUUGGAGGAAUUACAUAUUUCAAACACUUUGUUCAUUCAUUGCAUCCUUCAUCAGCACGCACUAUGUGCGAAGGCUCUUAAUAUUUCAUGUGUGUUGAAUCCAGUUAUUCGCAUAAUAAACUUUGUUCGAGGGAGCUCACUUAAUCACCGUCAGUUUAAAGUUUUACUUGACGAUUUUGGAUCUGAAUAUUUUGACUUACCAUAUUACACUGCAGUUAGAUGGCUUAGCUGUGGUAAUGUAUUAAAUAGAUUUUAUAAACUCCGAAGUGAGAUUGAUAUUUUUCUAACCAGUAAAAAUAACUAUUAUCCCGAAUUAUCAGAUCUUGCUUGGCUAUCAAAAUUAUCAUUUUUGGUUGAUGUUACAACUCACAUGAAUGAGCUAAAUCUGAAAUUACAAGGAAAGGAAAACUUAAUUUGUGAUUUCUACAGGAUAAUUAAAGCAUUUCGACAAAAAUUGAUGUUAUUCGAGUCACAACUUGGAGUACGUCAGUUUUCACACUUUUCUUGUUUUAAAAGUUUUUGUGAGGCAAACUGUUAUGAGAUCGACAUUACUUUCCAAAUUGGAAUUAUCAAAGAAUUAAAACAUCAUUUUUUACAUAAGUUUUCUGAACUUGACAAAAUUGAAAGCGAUAUAAUUUUGUUCGAAAAUCCAUUUUCUUGUAAUGUUGAAAAUGUUCAACAUGAAUUACAAUUAAAAGUUAUUGACUUACAAUCAAAUGAACAGCUCAAAGAUUGUCACAGACGGACCAAACUCGCUGAGUUCUACGAAUAUCUCAAGGAUGAUGAGUUUCCGAGACUAAAGAAUUUUGCGAUAAAGAUGAUUUCUAUAUUUGGCACAACUUACCAAUAUGGGGAAAAUUAUCUCAUUGACACUGUGGACACUUCUGGAUAUAGCCACACUGCGGAAUAUCUUCAAUCUGUUGCUUUAGCCUCCGCACAAUUGGCUGAACAACGGUUUGGAUGUACAAUCGGCAGUCUUGUAACGGAUAAUGCUGCCAACAUGACUAAAAUGAGACGGAUAAUGAUGGAAGAUGGCAAUGAAAUAAUUACUUAUGGUUGCUCGGCACAUUAUCUCAACUUCUUUGAAGGAUGUCGAGGUAGCGGACGUUAA